AUGAUGGAUAAUUUCACUGGUGCAGCUGUUCAUUUGGAAUUUCGCAAGUCAACGGAGUAUGAGAAGAAAGAGACAAGUGUGCAAACGGAACCGCUAAAGAACGUUGACGUUGGAACAGAUGUUAUUCCAAGAGUGGAACAAUCGGUACAGGUCAACACUUUGAAUGAGAAUGCCUCAGUGGACAAAAAACUACGGCUAGAUGUCAAGAUUGUUGACUGCAUCAUACAGUUAUUGCAACUGAAUGUCAAAGAAGAUCAAACAUUGAAAAAGUUGAAUUCAUUGCACACCACCAGUCGCAUUGCGAUAUUCCAUAAAAAGCAAGUAGACUUGAUCAAGGCAACUCAGGCAAAUAUCUACUUCAGAUUUGGCUCGAGGAACACGUUGUUUAUUGGUGGGCAAAACGGAGUAUUGUAUUUGGCAGUGGAUGGCCAAAUAAAGUUCUUUUCUGAGGUACACAGUCUGUGCAUUACGGGUUUAGAAUGGUUGAGUGCACAGCAGUUAGUGUCUUGUUCACUUGACGGUCAAUUAUGUGUUCAUACAUGGGACGGCAUUGAAUUGAAGAAACAAAAAUUUUUGGUUUUAAAGGUUAAAGACCUUCCACGAAGACUCAGAGGUUCAAACUAUUUGGAAAAACCCGUCGGAAUUACAUCAGUCGUCUGUCACAAAAACAAUAUUUAUGCUGCCAACGAGACUGGAUGUAUAUGGGCAAUUGAACAAACAGAUUUGUCUGUAAGAGUGAUGACAGUUGAGUCGGAUGGCAUCGAUGAAAUGCAAUGGCUUAAUUCAAACUUAGUUGUAAUCACUCCCUUCUACCAGCUAGCGCAUCCCGUGGGGCCGGUGUUUUAUAGGCCUUCGUUAUAA